AUGAAGCGACCUGCAGGAGCUGGAAAAGAACCACCGCCUAAGAAGCCGCGAGAACUGCCACCCAUUGGAAAGGUGGCUGAGGAAGACAAACAUGUUUUCAUUUCCUUACAAAAUUAUUCUGAGAAAAUUGAGAAACUGUUUGAAGGAGACCAUGAUUUUGUAUUCAUCCGCGGCGGCGUCGCCAUCGGCAAGACCACAUUGGCAGAACACUUGGCGGCGCGCUUCCCUGACAAAUAUGUAAAUGUGCCCUUCACUGAACAUGGUAAUGCCGAUGCUUGGAGGGCGAGCGCAGUGGAAGCCGUGCAAAAGGAAACAGGCAGAGUUGACGGAGAUGGUUCAGCCUUCAGGAAUGCGCUGAGGCGAGCCAAGGAGAAGAACUUGACCCUGAUUUAUGAUGAGGCUCACACAAUUUUCCGCUCACCAGACCUAUGCUCAGACUUGUUCAAAACAAGCAGACACUAUCGACCACGGGUCUUACUGUUCUCAGCUUCAGGUGAUGCUUCAACUGCGUCAAACCUCAUCCAGGCAACACCCAAUGAAACCAGCCGGAAGUUCAUGUGGACACCACCGCUGCCCCUCAUUCCAGGGCUGAAAGCACAGCUGAAGGACAGUGGCGUCAAGCUGGACGAGAAGAGCAUCAAGUUCCUCGCCCUCUUUUGUGGUGGGCAUCGCGGCAUUUUCAUGGCUGCGAUGCACUGGGUGAAAGGCAAGCAGAACGGUGACAGCUGGGAAUUCAAAAGGACUGUGGAGCUUGUGCGCAGCAGCUAUGGCAAUGGGGAUUGGGUCACUGACACAGAGAUUUUAGCGUGGGUGAGACAGAGCCGUGCAGUGCGUGUCAAUGGUAGGUACAGCUCUGUCGGCAACACUCCGCAAGAGUUUGCAGAGCUGUUGUGCAAAGGGCCAAGCCGCAUUGCAACGGCGGAAGUUCGGAGAGAGCUCGCCAUCCACGGCUUUGUACUUCCCAAACAUGACACAUGCAUUGAGGAAGAGUUCCAACAACUGGAUUGGAACAACGCACACAUGAUAUACCAAGUGGCGAACCCUCUACUGGCCUCGUACUACCGCUUCGUUCUGGCGAAAAUAUGCGCUUUAGAGGUUCAGUUUGAGUCCAGCAAUCCCCAACAUUGUGCUGAUUUAUUGCUGCGAGCCUUACCCUACGCGUUCUUUGCCGAAGUGGUGUGUUCCUCAUUGUCAAAAAAGCUGCUACCUCACGAAGUCCAGUACAACCAGUGCUUUCAGGCAAUGUGGAAGAAGUUGAACUACCGUGACCUCCAAUUCCACAGCUCAAGCGCUGGUGAAGGCAAACCCGAUUGCGUCGUGCGGAUUGAGAAGGAGACGUUUGUCUUGGAGGGUGUGAUGCAUGCCCACGGGCAGAAAAAAAUCAAGGAGCACCUUUUGCGCUUCAAGAACAUGGCGAACUACAAGAACGCCAAUCACCAGGGUCUCUACAUCAUCGGCAACGACAGCGACAAGAUGCUCGAGACCUUGAAAAACACUGAAGCCGGUAAGGUGCAACUGAUAGGCUUAGUUCCCAACAUCGCCCACACCGCAUACACCGUCCACGUCAAGAGCAAGGGCAUCGAACGCAUCAACACCUGCAACGUGGACUGCGACCUUGUGGCAAGAAGGUUGGUGCUCAAAGACGAUGGCAAACCUGAGCUCCACAGCGUGCAGUCGCUCAAGAGCAUCAACCUGUCUCCCAAAGCUGAGACCAGUCAGCCUGCGAAGACAGAGAUGGUCUGGGUGCGAGAGUUGAAGGAGGAGAACGGCGAGUACAAGCUGGUGGGCAAUGCCCUGCCAAUCAAGCCUGCGCCGGAGAACAUCGGCUUCCUGAAGGAGGUCAUCACAGAAAAGGAAAAAUUGGCAACUGCAGCUUCAAAGCUCCGGAUUGUCCACCUCACCGAAGGCACGUGGCAGGAGGAGGAGAAGAUGAGAGCUGCAUUGCGCCCUUCCACGGAAGAGACGCCUUACGGCUACCUCGUACCAUAGCAAUAUGGUUUCUUGCACUUUGCACUUCAAGUUUCAAGUUUCACUCAGAACAGCGCGUUUCGAUACACAUUCGCAGGGGUGGUUGGCAGACGAUGCUUUUGCUUGAGCAUGAGCAUGGCAAGAGCAGAACAAUUGAUGUUGUAAGACCAGUCCAACCCCACUCGGAUUGAAGCAGUCAAGUUUCACCCAGCACAGCCAGCACAGAGUUCUGUGAACUCUUUUUCUGCAAGAUGGAUGAAGUGUACUCCGAAUUUUGCACGUCAACAAUACAGAGUUUGCAGACACAGAUACGCUAUGAAGAAGAGGUGGCA